GAUGGCAGGAUGCACAUUGUGCGAUCGCAAAUAUACCACAGAAGAAUGUGAGGUUGCGAAAACAAUGCCUCUCUCUUUUCGAAGAAUGAUCUAUUCACUGUAUCCUAAUUUUGCCUUUGGCACCUUAUUUCAUAUAAUUGUACUUUUAGCCCGUCUAUAUCCCAAUGUAUUUCUGAUUUUAGAGGACUUCGGAGACAAAAUUGAGACCUAUUCUGUUUCAAAGAAAAGCUGACCCAACAACAAAAUGUAUUGGCAGAGGGAGGAAUCUCGAAACGACCGUUGGAAUAUAUAUAUAUUUUUUUUGAGGUCAUCGUCAGUCAUUAUCUUCUCCACACGCGCACAAGGUGGAGAAAAAGCAAGCCCUCAUGACAAAGACAGGACCCCCAAUGCAUUGGCUGGCAUACAGACUACUCUGGUGACCCUGCUAUGGCUGUGGGGAUGGUGGCUGACCCCCGUUCUGCCCUCGUGCACCACGGGCCGGCCAGCAAGGUGCAAGGCUGCCAUGUCAGCUCCUGGUACCAACCUGGCGGGCGAGGGUUUCAACAUUGUCACCAUGGAGCGCAAGCAGGCCUAUGUUGUUGAUGUGGACAACUGGAAGACCCCAAAUGGAGCCUGUACCCUCUGUGUUAACCCUUUCAUGGAGGGCCAGACUCAGAGGCUGCCCGCAGCUGUGGUGGACUGGCGUCCCUUGCAUCAGUGUCACAUGAAGUUGUCCAGCAUUGUCUUCGACUCCAGCGAGUCGUUUGUGAGCAGCAGCCAGACAGAUGUGGACGGCAGUUGGCAGAUUGGUCUGGACGUUAAUAUCCCCAACGCUAAUGGGUCGGCCAUGGUGGGGGGUACCCACUCCAGAGCUGCCAAGACGGUGAUGAGCCAGUCCAAGGAGGACAAGUACAGCUUCAUCAAACAGGAUAUACACUGCUCCUAUUACAGUUACCGACUGAUAGAGGACCCUCCCCUGCACCCCGAAUUCUCUCGCUCCCUGGGCAUCCUGCCCCCCCUCUACACCGACCAGACCAAGGCUGACUACAAUCGUUUCCUUGCGACCUUCGGUACCCACUAUAUCCGGAAGGUUAAACUGGGGGGGCGGGUGAAGGGCGUCACCUCACUGCGCGUGUGCAAGGCGGCCGUCAAUGGUUACAACGAGAACGAGAUCAAGGACUGCCUGGAGGCCGAGGCCUCUGUCGCCACCAACUGCGGAACAGCCGAAGCCAAUGCAGAGACAAAGUUCUGCAAGAGUGACCUCAAAAAACGUAACACCAGUGACACCUUCAGCAGUACCUUCAACGAGAGGUUUACCGAGGUGGUGGGGGGACAGACGGACGGAACGCCCGACCUGCUCUUCUCCAAGAUUGGUGAAAACUCCAAGGCCUUCGCUGAUUGGGCAAGUAGCCUGAAAACCAUACCUGAUAUCAUCAACUACUCUCUCCAUCCUCUCCACCUAUUGGUGAAAAAGGCCAGCAAGAGGGCGGGGCUGAAGAAGGCCGUGGAGGACUACAUCCUGAAACACGCCCUGUUCAAGCACUGCUCUGGGAAGUGCAAGGGAAGCUCCAGGUCCAGUACCCAUGACUCCUGUCAGUGUGUGUGCCAGACCAGUAAGGAGAUGACCAGCCAAUGCUGCCCGCAGGAGAAGGGCUUGGCUCACCUUACCGUCACCGUGAAGAAAGCCAGGGACCUCUGGGGAGACACCACCUCCCAGACCGACGGCUUUGUCAAGGUGCUCAUGGGAAAAGACGUCAAGCAGACCAGGGUGAUCCAUAACAACGACAACCCCAUGUGGAAGGAGGUCUUCAAAUUUGGGACAGUCAAGCUGUCCCUGGCCAGCGAGCUCAAGUUCACUGUAUACGAUGAAGACAAUUGGUCGAACGAACUCCUGGGUGAAUGCAAAGUCCAGCCCGUCAAAGCUGGGAUUCACGACGAUAUGUGUCCCAUGAGUCACGGCAGCCUGUUCUACUCCUACAAGGUCGACUGCGCCCCAGGGCUUCGGGGCCACACCUGUGGGGAGUACGCCCCUUCCGGGAUGAACUCUGACCUCUCUUACCUCUAUACCUCCCGCAACGCCCUGAACAUGACUCAGGAACUGCUGGCUCACAUCCGGAUGGGCCAGCCCCUAGGAGACCCUUUGACCUUCUUGGUGAAGCAGAGGGAUAAUGAUCACCCUGCCCUCAGUUAGCCGUGAUCAAAAUAUAUGCACUGUAAACCUUAGUCUGCCUAUCUAACCUUAAUGCAUACAAUUUCUAAUCGCUUGUUCUUUAAAAAAAUAUAAAUGUAACCUUUAUUUAACUAGGCAAGUCAGUUAAGAACAAAUUCUUAUUUAAAAUGGCGGCCUACCGGGGAACAGUGGGUUGACUAUCUUGUUCAGGGGCAGAACGACAGAUUUUUACCUUGUCAGCUCUGGGAUUCGAUCCAGCAACCUUUCGUUACUGGCCCAACACUCUAACCACUAGGCUAGUUUAAAGAUAGUGUUUUCAACAUGCAUAUGACACACUGACAUACAGUGCCUUCGGAAAGUAUUCUGACCUUUCGACUUUUUCCAAAUGUUGUUACGUUACAGCCUUAUUCUAAAAUGUAUUAAAUAAAAACAUCUCAACAAUCUACACA